AUGGCUUCUUCAGAUUUACAGUCUACGAUGCAUCCUCCGGCGACCCCGGUGUAUGUUCUUCGUGGCCAUGCAGCCCCCGUUCAUGCCCUGCACUUCUACAACCAAAAUACAAGGCUUGUUUCUGGCGACGCGGACGGAUGGGCUAUCGUCUGGAAUAUGACUACCAAGCGACCCGUUGCAACCUGGAAGGCCCAUGAGGGGUCCAUUUUAAAUGUCAAAGGGGUCAAAUUUGCCGCCGAUGGCGGUCAUUUAUGUGAUGCGAAUGAGCAAGCUGCUAGUGACUCGUCGGAGAUGAGGGUGUUUACCCAUGGGAGAGACAAUGCUCUCCGUGUAUGGAGGUUAAACACAAAAGAGGAAGAGCUUCUCGAUAAAAGAUUGCCUAUCGAAGAAAAUUCUACCCCUAAAAAUAUGAAGGAGCCUUGGUUGAUCUAUUCGAUCACGGUGAACGCAUUGAAUUUCUGUGGCUUUUCUAUUUGCUUCAAGCCUUCUUUGAGCUAUGAGCCAAAUCUCGAGGGUUCCUGUUUGGAGCAAGUCAGCUCUGUGGACGCUUUGCCUGGGAGCUGCAUGCCCAAGGUGUCCUCUGAAAUGUUCAUUGCUGUACCCAACGCCAUGAAUACCGGCGGAAUUGAUAUCUUUCAUCUACCUUCACAGAAGCGGAUAUGCAUAAUAUACGCAGACAAGUCGGUUAACACGGGUAUGGUGAUGGCGCUGGAGAUAUUCUUUUCCUCGGCUGGUGACUUAUACGUGGUAUCCGGGUACGAAGAUGGCCAAGCUAUGGUUCAUAUGCAACGAGGGCCUAUUGUCAUAGAAGACAUGGAUGAUGCGUCAACAUGGAAUUGGGAAAGAAUAUAUCUGCACCGUGCACAUCAACAACCCAUUCUCUCGCUAGACGUCUCUCCGAUGCAUAAAAGCCAUUUCUUCACGUCUUCAGCGGAUGCGAUGAUUGUGAGGCACCCGCUUCCUCUGAGAAGCGAUGAUGUGAAAUCUGGGGACCAGGUGCCAUUAAGAAUCGUGAAUACCAAACACGCAGGCCAACAGGGACUGAAAAUACGGUCUGAUGAAAAAAUACUCGUUACUAGUGGAUGGGAUGGUCGUGCGCGAGUUUACUCGUGCAAAAGUAUAAAGGAAUUAGCCGUGUUGAAAUGGCAUCGAGAAGGUUGCUACGCCAUUGCGCUUGCUGAAAUUGAAGCCGACGAGCCGACCACUCACCUACCAACGGAACCAGCCGAAGAAAAGCCGGAGAGCUCUACUUUAAUCCAAAGAAACCAGCCGCGGUCCCUUAUAGCUAUCAAUCAACAACGCAGUCGAAAAGCACAGCUUACACAUUGGAUUGCCGUGGGCUCAAAAGACGGAAAAAUAUCAUUAUGGGAUAUCUAUUGA